AUGGCAUCACCAAAAGCACGUUGUUGUAGUGGUGGCCGUUGCGGUAGCGGAAAAGGAGGAGGAGGAGGUGACAAUUUGUUGGGUCAUUUGAAAGUUAAAAUCAAGAGAGGCCUUAGUCUUGCGGUUCGUGAUAUUACAGACAGUGAUCCUUACGUUGUCAUCAAGAUGGGUGAUCAGAAACAAAAGACACGAGUUGUCAACAAGGAUGUCAACCCUGUGUGGGAUGAAGACUUGACUCUUUCCGUAGAGGAUGCUAAUCUCCCAAUUAAACUAACCGUGUAUGACCAUGAUAUGCUAUCAAAAGAUGACCCGAUGGGAGAUGCAGAAUUUGAAAUAAAAUCAUUUGUGGAUGCGCUGAAGUUACCUCGUUUAGAGAGGCAUCCAAAUGGGACCGUUCUAAAGAGGAUACCACCUGUGAGGACAAACUAUCUUGCAGAAGAAAGUUGCAUUAUAUGGAAAGAUAAAGAGGUUGUUCAACAACUCUCUCUUCGAUUACGAAAUGUUGAAACCGGUGAAGUUGAUAUUGAACUACGUUGGAUCCAUGAUCCACCUACAACGAUGAUUUAUCCGAUCGUGGAGGAAUUGAAGACGUUUGAAGGAAUGGAGGUUUCGGAAGAAGAGGAAUCCGUGACAGAAGAUAGAGAUAAAGUGAAGAUUUCUGGUGACGAUACUGAACCAAAAAGAGAGCCUGGGAACGAUCUUGAAAUGAAUCUUGAAAUCGUGAAUUCCAGACAAUCCCAGCAGAUUGAGAGGGGGAGUCUGAAGACAAUGUUGAUAAAGCAGGGAAAGCCAGUAUUGAUUCUGGAUUUGCUGAUGCUGAUAAAGUUUAAAGAUUCAACAUCCGAGGGAGAAGAGUUUGUUGAUGAUAAAGAGAGAGAAUGA